UGUGGAGCAUGCAAGUAAUUGUGACUGACAGUCUCUGUCCAACCAGCCACUGUUCUGGUGGGAUAUGGAUGCAGUCACCUCUCCCAGAUGUGCCUGUCCACGUCCUGAUCCACUCUGGAGGUACCUCACAGAGCAUGAUCCAAAAUAUGAAGGGAAGAAGAAGCUCAAGAUCUCUGGCAGGGAGCUGCUGUCAGUUCCCACACAGGUCUUUGGCUUGGAGCAGCUGCAGGUGCUGGAGAUGAGCCCAGAACGAGAGAGCUGCCUGAGGUACAGGAUGGAGCUGCUGCCCCAGGAGAUCGGCCGUCUGAGAAACCUCACCUGCCUCUAUGUGGACUCCAACAACUUGAAGAAAAUCCCUGCUGAAAUUGGCACUUUGAGCUGCUUGGAGAGGCUCACUCUGAGCAACAACAGCCUGAGUUCGCUGCCCGCAGAGAUGGGGGCACUCCAAAGGUUGCAGAGCCUCCACCUUGCCAACAACAGCCUCACUGAGUUGCCUGAACCCCUCUGCCAGCUGAGGAGCCUCACCUUUCUGGAUGUGAGUGACAACAAAAUAGAUACCAUCCCCUCCAGCAUUCGGCAUCUGGAGAAACUGGAAACGUUGCUAUUGCUCUUCAACUCACUGGAGAGCCUUCCUGAGGAUUUCUGCCUUCUGAGGAAUCUGCACACACUUUGGUUGGGAAACAACCACCUACGGUCUCUUCCAGCAGCCUUUGGGGAGCUGGUGAACCUGGACUGGGGCUACAACUACUGCUCGUGCAAUUUUGAGGGGAAUCCACUGGAGAGCCCUUCCCCUGAAGUCUGCAGCAGAGGCCCUGAAGGGAUCAGAGACUAUUUCUCAUCACUUCAAAGGAUUUGGAAAGACUAAACCACUGGUAUCAGUCCUCUUGAAGUGACUGUGAUGGAUUUAUCCUGUGCAAAUCAUCUGCACAAGCAAAACGUGUUUCAGACAGCAAGGUCGGCUGAAAUCACUCUAUGGAGCUCAAAAGCUUCCUCCCUGCUGUGAGGUGAU